AUGCCCAUUCCGUCGAUACCAGGGGUCAAGGCGGAGCCCGAGCUGGCAGCGUCGUUCCGGGAGGAAGUGGCCAAGCUGCUGGGGCGCAAGCAGCACGGAUUCGCGGGGGCGCAGCCAGUGUCGUUUGCCUCGAAGCACAUCCACGAGCUGAUGCGGCGGGACUACUACCUGUGCGAGAAGACGGACGGCAUCCGCUGCCUGCUGUACUUCACGCAGGACGACCUGGGCAACGAGAUACACUACUUGAUCGACCGCAAGAACGACUACUACUACGUCCAAGGGCUGCACUUCCCGCACCACGCCGACCCCAGCUUCAACCGCUUCCACACAAACACCAUCAUCGACGGCGAGCUCGUCUACGACGCCGAGCCCAAUGGCCAGCACCGCCUGCGCUUCUUGGUCUUUGAUUGCUUGCUGCUCGACCACCAGCUGCAGACGCACAAACCCCUCGACAAGCGCCUGGCCUAUUUCCGCGAAAACGUCUACAAGCCCUGGGAGAAGCUGUUCAAGCACGUGCAGAAGGACGCCCUGCAGUCGCAGCUCUUCGAGGUCCAGUUCAAGGACAUGUCGUUCCCCUACGCGCUGAGUCACAUGUUCAAGGUCAAGCUGCCCUCGCUCAAGCACGGCAGCGACGGCCUCAUCUUCACCUGCCGCGAGACGCCCUACGUCUUCGGCACCGACGAGCACAUUCUCAAAUGGAAGCCCGCCCACGAAAACACCGUCGACUUCCGCCUCAAGCUGGGCGACUUUCCCGCUGCCGCAAACGGCACUAGCUCACAGCAACAAGACGAACAACAAGAGCCCGACUACGACGCCAAGCCCAGCUUCGACCUCUACGUCUUCCACGGCAAAGGCGACUACCGGCUCUUCGCACCCCUACACAUCACAGACGACGAGUGGGCCGCGAUGAAAGCCAUCGACCAACAACUCGACGGGCGCAUCAUCGAGUGCUACAAGGACUCUGAAUCGCGCUGGCGCUUCAAGCGCUCCGACGACGGCUCGCCCCAUUUCCGCGACGACAAGCACGAGGCCAACCACGUGUCGACGGUGCACAGCGUGCUCGAGAGCAUCGACGACGCCGUCUCCGAGGACGACCUCGUCCGCGUCGAAAUGCGCAUUCGCGAGUCCUACAAGCAGCGCCAGGCCGAGCGCGAGGCCGCUGAGAAGCAGAAGCGCCGGGAGUGGGAGGCUGCUGAGGAGGCGCGCAGGAGGAACGACGCGUCUAGGAAACGCGGCUCCGUGGAGUCGGAGCAGAAUGGCCAGCCGGCUGAUAAGCGCGUCAAGGCUGAGUGA